UCCAAGGCUGGAGGUUAAAUUGCCAGAUGAGGAUGCGUACACCUGGGGGAGGUGGUUUGAGGGGUUGUUCUGAUCAGAUACGAGCUGAGCCGAGAUGAUUCCGCGAGCGGGGUUUGAGCUUCGGGGUUUGGGCUUCGGGGUUUCCGUUUGUCGGUGCGGGUUUCAUUGCGUCUGGCUGCCACGGCCGGUUUGGUUCCUUUGUACAGUGCUUCUCGUCAUCUUCCGCCUCUUACUACUACUCCCUCUAAUGAUUGUGCUCUUGUUUCCUUUCCCUUUCCCUGUUUCCUUUCCUAUCUUUUUAUUCCGAUAUGUCCUUUCCUUGUAUGUACCAUCAUCACUCUUACGACUUGGCAUUUCACGACCACGACUUAUUAACGACUCAUCAACGACACGAUUAACGACACGAUUUACGACACGACUUGACGACCACGACUAUUUUUUUAUGUUUACGAUUAUGAUUACGACCACAAUUACGAUUACGACUAUGACUACGACUUUUACUAGGCUAUGGGGUGCGGGGGCGUUUACUUACUUGCUUUCUUGCUUUCUUUUCGUUUUGCUUUGGGGAUGUUACCUUUGGGGGUGUUUCUUCCUUUUACAUUUAUAUACAUCUAGAGCUUCCGUCUGGUCCGGUCUUGACUUUGACCGUCCUUUUGCUAUGUUUUGGUGUCUGUUGGAUCUAUCUUGUCCUGGGGAGUUUGGUGUGUACGCCGCUGCUUGGGCUUUUCUUACAAAUCUUCAUAUCUAUCUGCUUAUCUUCUGAUCUACUGAUCUACUUACGGGUCUAUGUAAUGUCUUCCGAGCUGCUCGGGAUGUUCGGACUGUGCGGGAUGUUUGUCGGCGUGUGGCGUUCUGCACUUUCGUUUCC